AUGAGUGUCGUCGAUAGGCUUUGGCGGAAGGUUGAAUCUAACUUAGCUGAUUUCAAUUCUUGGGUUGCCCUAUUAGAUGCUGCUGAAAAACAGCCCAACAUCGAUGUCACUCGGAAGGCAUUUGAUGCGUUCUUGGAGCACUUUCCGUAUUGUUAUGGAUACUGGAAGAAGUAUGCAAACGUGGAACGCCACGCUGGCAACAAGGACCGUUGUCUUGAGGUAUACUCGAUGGGCGUUUCUGCGAUUCCGCUUAGCAUUGACUUAUGGACUGCUUACCUUGAUGCCACUUUGGAAAUCGUACAUGGUCAGGACGACUAUGAGCUGCGUAUGCGAAAGUAUGUUUUCUUCUUUGAAACAUUCAUAUGUUGUUUGGGCUGCUUUUUGGCAGCUGAAGUUACAUGCUUUAAAAUUCUUUACGAAAAGGCUUUAGAGAAGGCUGGUCUUGAAUUUCGUUCUGACGCGCUUUGGGAGCAUUAUAUCAGUUGGGAGUCAGGCCAUAAUCGCCUAGGCCGCGUCCUUGCCAUCUACGAUAGGCUCCUUCAUACACCAACCCAGCUUUAUUUCCAAAAUUGGGACAGCUUCAAAAAGCUUAUUGAAGAGAAUCGUCCUGAAGAUUUCCUUCCACUCGGGGAGUUCGCUGAGCUGCUGGCCCGCGUUUCGCCCGUUGCUGGUACAGCUAUGCGCAUAGCUCUUAGUGACCCAUCCGCGGCCUCUGUCCCCAUACCUGAGAUAACCGAAGCUGACAGGAAUUCUAUUCGAAAGUUGGUCAUCGAUCGUCGAGAAAAAGUCUACCAAGCAACUUAUUUACAAAUUAUGAAACGAUGGUACUUUGAGGAGAAGAUUCGGCGCCCCUACUUCCACGUGAAACCGCUUGAGGAAGCGCAACUCAGCAAUUGGGCUGAAUAUCUCAGUUUCGAAGAAUCUGAGGCUGCAAGUGCUGAGGCUUUGUUAGCCGCACCGGUCACCGAGGACGCCCCUCCACAAGUCACCAUGGAGGAUGUUCAGCAAGCCAAAAAGCGUGUCCGUAUACUAUAUGAGCGGUGUCUCGUUGCCUGCGCCCUCUAUGAGCAUAUGUGGAUUCGUUAUGCAAAGUAUCUUGAGGUGACUUGCAUCAUGAUUAUCGAUGUCCUAGUGUACACAGAACAGGACUUCUGUGCUGCUCGAGAUGUUUGGCGUCGUGCGUGUACCGUUCACCUGCGGUCUAAACCGACCAUCCAUUGGCACUGGGCGCUCUUUGAGGUGCGCCAUCCAGCUGUUCUGGACAACUCCGAACCGAAGUCCCCGCUUGAAAUCCUAUCAAGUCUCGAGGAACGUCUGCCUGACAGUGCUUUGACUUGUGCUCGGCAUGUUGAUGCCAUGAGAAGAGCCGGAAAACCGCUUCUCGAUUUAAUUGUCUGUCUGCGCUCGGGCAUAAAUCGUCUGCGUCUGCGUGCGACAGAGCAGGCCAGCAUCGCGCACAACGCCUCCGGUCCCACGGGUUCCCUUUCGGCAGCAAUCGCUCUUGCCACCAGUGUGCAGGCUCGUGCAGGGGCUAGUUAUUUAGCCGGAAAGAUGGCUCGUUUGCUUCACCGCAAUGUCGACGGAAUGAUUCCUGCAUCGGGUAUUCCUACUUGGCAGCUUCUUCUUAACUCGGCCUACAAACCCACUCCGGUGGCGUCAGUUAAAGAGGAGGGACGUGAACAUGGAGAUCAACCGAAUCCGCAAUUUGUCGAAGAUGAAAAAAAUGAAGUGUUCUGCGAAAGCCAAUCAUCGCCUGGAAAUGAGAAGGAAUUGGAUGCUUCAAAAGCACUUAAGGCAGAAGAAAUGGAUGUGGAACAUGAGAAGAAUGACGAUAUACUCGAGGAAGAACAAGCUGAGGUUGUACCUGAGUCAAUCAUUGUCGCCGAUGAGAGUAAAGAAGACAAAGAUAUGGACAUUGGCGCUGACUCGCCACCAGUUGUCAUCGUUCGGAAGAAAACGGGUUCAACUAACUCGAAUGCCAUCGAGGUUCCCGUGAAGCCGACGGAAAGUGAUAAAGCGACUGAGAAUAAUAAUAAGGUGGAGGAGGACGAGGAACCCGGGCCCCCAGCGCCAAAACGAAAGCGUCGGUCUCGGUGGGGUGACGUCGAGGGCGAGACGGACACGGAUUUGAUGAAGAUGCGAGCUGCCGAGGAGGAGCGCCUAGCCCGAGCCGACCGGGAGCAGAAGGCGUAUGCCGUGGAGCGCGCUGCCAUCACCAAUGUCGCCCCUCCCGAGGACCCCUCCACUCUGCACGCGACAGAACACGUGUUGCUCUCCCCCGAGCAGGCGGCCAUUACGGUCCUGAAGGAGGCCAUUGAGUUCGAUCCGCGCAAUGAACGUCUAUACUCGCAACUAUUAGACAUUGCCUACCAACGCCGUCCGCUAGAUGAAACCGGCUUCCUUGAAUUCGCUGACCUGGCAAUUGUUGAUUCAAUUCUUCCGGCAACAGUGAAACUUGCCUUCUCUCAGCGAAAACUGCAGUUUCUUGAAGAGUUCUGUAACGACGUUAACAAAAUCUCUGCCGCAUUUGAUGAGUACAUUCAAUUGGCUCAACUGGUGGUCCAGUGCACUACUGCGGACAAGAAAGUGGGCUUAGCCGGCGGUGUUGACGCACCUCAGGCGUACAAUACUCCUGAUCUUCUCAACGUCGUUCUGCCUGUGCCCCUACGUCCUUCGGCCCACCGAAACCCUGUACCCAAUGGUCCGGUUCGUCGAAUUCCACAAGUUGAUAUUAGCGCUGCCAUUUUGGAAGAUGCGUCAUCGGUGGGCACGCCUGUCCCACAGCCAGAAACGGCGGCUUCGCUUUUCACUGCGGGAGCUUACGAACCUUUUGCGGGACCUUCAGCUGGUGGAUUGCCGCCUCCUGCGCCAACUAUGGUCCCUGUGGCCGCGGCAGGACUCGCUGGGCCGGACUCGGUCGAGCUUUGGCGCGGAAUGGACCCGACGGCGUACGCGGCGGCGGUUUCAUCGACGUACGCUAGUGGAGGCGGCACCUUCUAUGCGCCCUUGAAUGCAGGUGCAGACGCGGCGUCCAGUGUUCAGGCGCCGCCACCAGCCCUCAUGUCCAAGGAGAGUGCCUAG